UCAAAGGCACGGCGAAGAAAACCACCAACCACAAAUCACACGCCAAAAGCCAAAAGUGGGGAAGAGAAAAGAAAGAAAGCAUCGCCGCCGCGGAGCAAAUCGAGCAACCAGCCGGCGACGCGGCCGAACCGGAGCAGUCUCGCCGGCCGUCCCAUCCAUCGAGCUCCCCUGCUCGGCCCCGCUCCGCCGCCCCCGACGAGCCGAUAGGGUCCAUCUCCCUCCCGGCGAUGGCGUCGUCCGCGGAUCCGUGGGUGCGGGAGUACGGCGAGGCGGCGCGGCUGGCCGACGACGUCGCCUCCAUGGUCGCCGACCGUGCGGCGCUCCCGCAGUCCGGGCCCGAGGUCAUGCGCCACACCUCCGCCAUCCGCCGCAAGAUCACCAUCCUCGGGACCAGGCUGGACAGCCUCGAGGGGAUGCUGGCCAGGCUUCCCCCCAAAUCCAUCACGGACAAGGAGCUGAAUAAGCGCCGAGACACGCUUUCAAAUUUGAAAUCUAGAGCAAAACAGAUGGCAGAGAGUUUCAACAUGUCGACCUUUGCCAACAGGGAGGAUUUGCUUGGUCAGAGUAAGAAAGCUGCUGAUGACAUGAGCAGAGUAGCCGGGUUGGAUAACCAAGGGAUUGUUGGCCUUCAGAGGCAAAUCAUGAAAGAACAAGAUGAGGGUCUUGAGAAGCUGGAACAGACGGUGCUGAGCACAAAACAUAUUGCGUUAGCAGUCAAUGAGGAACUUGACCUGCACGCAAGACUGAUUGAUGACCUAGAUGAUCAUGUGGAUGGUACAAACUCGCGUCUUCAGCGAGUGCAAAAGAGGCUUGCGGUCCUGAACAAGCGCGCCAAGGGCGGCUGCUCCUGCAUGUCCAUGCUGCUGUCCACCGUCGGUAUAGUGAUGCUUGUGGUUAUUGUCUGGCUCCUCAUCAAGUAUCUGUAACCUCUGCCCAACUCAAAUCAGUUUCAAGUGUGCAGUUCUUUCAAAGAUAGUAUGGUUACUUCCGCUUCGCCAUCACUUCGGCGAGAAAUGGGAAAUAUGUAUGCCACAUGUGCCCUUAUCGGGUUGAAAUGAAAAAGUUCAGACUUUUGUA